AUGUUCACUAAUCGCACCCUAAACAUUAUCCGAAUUUCGAUGGGAAUCUACUCCUCGCUCGGAAGUAAUCCGUAUUACUGGGAUUCAAAACAAAACUGCAUGUCUGUCUGCUCAACUUUAAGGAGAAAUAUUUCUUUUAUGUUCGCCGUUUUAAUUACUGUGAUCCAAUUGUGUUUCUUAUUUUGGCGACUUAUUCAACAUUCUCAAGAAUUAGAGGCUAAUCGUUCAUUCGAGGUAAUUGUGUGGCUCUGGAUUUGGAUAAUCUUAACAUCUUGGGCCCUAGUUUCCUUCCAUAAUGGGUGGACCAAGAAGAGCGAAGUUGUCGGUAUGUUUAAAGGGGUGCGACUUUUCGCACGAUGUUUCGAGAACGAAUAUCCAAAAGCAAGGAUGAAAACCUUACUAAGAAAUUUUAACUCGAUCGAUAUCCAUUUCCUGGUAGUAAUUUGGAUCAUUUUCACUUACGUAACGGCUGUUUCCCUCAUGUUUUUCGUCGCUCCUGGAAACUCGCAGUACUUUUAUUCUCUCGUCGAGGCCAAGAGUCAAACGGGCUGGACAGGAAUAGUCUUCAUACUAUUUCUUGCGCUGGAAGUGUAUGCAAAAUCGUCACAAGUUUUUAUGAUGGCGACCGAAGUAUUUUCAAUUAUACCGGCCCUUCUCCCAGCUGCAUUUUGGAUGGAUUACAUUCGAAGAUCGAGUCAUUACACGAUCAGAAUUUCUCAGAAGGUCGCCAUCUUCCAAAAGAUCCAGAUCCUAACUUCCUACUAUAAUCACGCCUCAACCCCACUCUUAACUCGCAUCCUGUCCGUCCUGGUUCCUUCCGCCCUGUGCAUCACGUGCUGCUUCGCCGCCAUCCGAUUUCAUAUUUUCCUCCCCUUCUUCCAAUACAUCCCAUUCCCCACUAUUUUCAACAACGAGUUUUCCAUCAUUGCCGUCACCUUAAUUCCAGCCACCGCAAUUUACGAAUCAUCCAACAAGCUUUGUCUCCACAUUCGGAAAAAAGUCGAUGCGAAAAUGGGAAAGAUGUGGCGCAAAAGGUUGACCGCGCUGCACCCUUUGGGCGUCCAGAUCGGUCCAAUCUGCAAAGUUCGAAAGAUUGCGAUUCUUCUUUGCUACAAUUUUAUAGCCAAUUAUAUUUUUACUCUGUUAAUUACAUUCCCACACGAGAAAGUUGUUCGCUAA